GGGUCGUGUCCCCAAAUGUCCCUACGUGUCCCCACAGACAUCAACGAGCUCAACCUGCCCAAGACUUGCGAGAUCGACUUCUCCGACCAGGACGACCUGCUGCACUUCCGUCUCCUCAUCUGCCCUGACGAGGGUUUCUACAAAGGAGGGAAAUUUGUCUUCAGUUUUAAGGUCGGCCAGGGUUACCCCCACGACCCCCCAAAAGUGAAGUGUGAGACGAUGGUCUAUCACCCCAACAUCGACCUGGAGGGCAACGUCUGCCUCAACAUCCUCAGAGAGGACUGGAAGCCCGUCCUGACGAUAAACUCUAUCAUCUACGGCCUGCAGUACCUUUUUCUGGUGAGUGAGGUAUGGGGUUGGGGGACACCCAGGGGUUGGGGACAACGGGGUGGCCUUUGGGGACAGCUGGUGGCAGCAGGGCGCUUUUUGGGGAUGCCUGGUGGUUGAUGGGCACCUCUUGGA